CUCUCUCUAAAUUCUUAGCAACCAGUCAAACACUAAACCAUGCCUCCACGUCCUAAGAAAAUCAAACCAAAACUACUUGCCAAGAAGAAAACCAAAAGCAGAAUCCGUCAAUCUCCACCCACCCUUCAACUCCAACAACCCCCACUCCAAGACAAAGAAUUAAGGAGUUGCCAUACUGCUUCUGCAACUUGUCAAAAUCAUUCUGCCGGUGAUCAAUACUCGAAGAAGGAGGAGAGGCAAAAAAUUUCUGCAAAUCUUAACGAAAUGGCGGAUUCUGCAAAUGGGAAGCUUGAGGGGGAUGAAAAUGUUCAACCAGGCGAUGUUGGGGACUCAAAACCUGUGGUUGAAUCCGUGCGGGAUGUCGCUAUCUAUGAUGGUUCCGAGCCGGCAAAGGAAACCCGUGAAGAUGAUGCUGAUGGUUCGGGUUCGGGUUCGAGUUCGAGUUUCAGUAGUAGUAGUUCGGAUGAAGAGGCGGAAAGUGCUCAAGUGGCGGAUGAUUCAGGGAAAGUAGUAGAGGAGAAGACCGAAGAAGUUGAUAUCUCGGUUGCUAAGACGGUUAAAUCUGUGUCCAAUCAUUUGGAUCAAGGUGGUGUUGUUGAGGAAACCAAAGCGGAGGAGGUGGUGGAGGAGGAGAAGGUGGUGGCGUCUUUGGAUGAGACUGAUGAAUCUUCUCCGGCCAUCACGGAGGAGGUGUCGAAGCAGGUUGAGGAAAAAAUAUUGUCAUAUGUGGAAGAGAGUAAUGGGCUUUCUCCAGUCGAAACCGGUUUGGUGUCCGAGGAGGUUGAAGAAUCAACAUUGCCGUUGGGCAAGAAAGAGGAUUGUGCUCCAGUCAUAACAUAUGUGGAGUCGAAAGGAACUGAAGAAGCAUAUGUGGAGUCGAAACCGGUUCCUGCUGCUGUUGCAGAUGUUGUGUCAAAGGGAACCGAGGAAAUAAAAAAACCAGUUUCCGAAGAGCAAACUGGGGAGUCAUCAGGUACUGCUUACAAGGAAGAGGUUCCAGUAGUCGAAUCAGCUGAUGCCGGACAAGAUUAUGGCAAGGCCGUGAUCCCCGAAAGCUCAGGAAAUCCGCAGUUUACUGUCUCCGGUGCCGGACGCCCCCUGCAUCCGACUUCAUGGAGGAGUUGCUGUGGACUUUUCGAAAUUCUGCACCGAAGAUCUGACAGAUAAUUUAAGAAACACAACAUUUCAUCUGGUGCAACUGAGCCAUGAAGAUCGCACAGCUAUACCUAAAUCUAUAUAGUGUUUUCAGAUUUAGAGCUUCACUUUGUGUUAGCAGCUGAUGAUUUGAGAUUGGUUAUUCGUGAUUUUGUGUGGAGUGAAUUUCAUUAUCUGGUGUAUUUUUCGUAUUUACUGAAGAACGGUUCUUUUAUAUUCCUUUCAGUGACUUGUAUGUACUAAGUAUUUCAUUUUUUAAUUUUUGAUUUGGUAAAUGUAGAACUAAAGAAUUUGUUACCGAACGUAUAUCAUCCAUACAUUGAUGGUUAAUGCUAAAGAAAGGUUUAUGCUUGA